UCCGAUUGUAGACAACCGCGAUAUUUAUCGAUAUAUUUUACUAGGGCCUAGUUAUGUAACAUUGUUCUGCGGCCGUUGGCAAUAAUAAUAGACUCGUUUUGUCAAUCAAUUAAGAUCGUGUCUUAAAUCGGCAAAAGCCAUGGCUGGAGAACAAAUGAAAUACCCAUAUUCGUUGGGUGCAAAAAUUAGACGAUUUCCAUUUCAUCAUUUUUUCUUUGUAUCCAAACACGGUUGGAUACUUCGAUAUUGGGCAAUUAGCAUAUUAGUUUGUACACCUAUAUUCUAUAAAUUCCAAAAAGCAACUCACAAUCCAGGAAACGUGGAACAAUGGAAAAAAAUCCACGAGAAACAAUUCUCUGGAGAAAUGCAUCAUUAAACUGUAUUUAAAAAUAUUGUAGUCUAUUGCGAAAGAAAAAAAAAAAAUAUAUAUAUAUGUAUGUGUAUAAAUAGUUUCAAA